AUGACUGAUCAUUACCAAAUGCUCCAUAAGUCUGCUGCCAGUAAAUUUUCCAUCUGGGAUGCAGCGGAAAUAUUCAAAUACGCCACUUCCCAAUUUACGGUCAUUCACAUCGAAUUAAUGAAAAGUAAAACCCAACACUCCAGCUCAUAUCAGCACACAUUUGUGAGACACAUCGUCUGGGAAGUGGAGCGCUUUGUAUUUCCCUUUGUCAACAUCUGCGCUGCCAUGAAUAUCAACACGACACUGCCGGCAUAUCUGAAUGAGGUUAUCUUGCUCAUCACAUCUUUCCAGACCGAGCUGUACUACGAUCACGGGAAACUGUUCGCUGCAUUCAAGGCAUGCCCGCAUGAGUCGCCAACCCAUCCAGUCGACAUCAAUCGGGUGGUCCGUGACUAUCGCCAUGCUUGGUGGAAGCACAGGUUCGACCUUGCGCCGUUUGAUAUGCCUCUUCGGAUGUCUGUUGCUUUGGUGAAGGAGCUGGUGACCGACCACUUUGCUCAGCGGCCUAAAAUGGCCAGCAUGGUGCCGACACCAAUUACGCACGCCUGCAGCGAUGAUCCGCUCCUGCAACAGCUGCAGGUUCUCCGGGCCGAAGUUUCCUAUCUUGGUAUGGAACUCGGCCGACUCCUUGUUACUAAGCUGGAUGCUACAAGGGAGGCUGUGGCUGCAUUAGAUCAUCUAGAGGAUCCUGUAGAUGAACUUCGCGAGGCAAUGGUAGCCUCCCACAUGGCAGUUGCAAUGUUGCAAGGGCAUUACAACAAUGGCAGGCUGGGAGGACCUUCAUCCGUUGAACCCUUUCCCAGUCUUUAA